UCAAAGAUGAAAUUACACCACCCACAAAUGUUCAAGGCAAAGAAGUGAGAGCUCUAUUAUGGGUUGAAAAUCAUGACUUUUUUGCAAUUUACGGAACUACUGAUUCACCAGACGCGGAACACUUUCCAUACAUCAUUCACCGUAAGGCAGAGAGCGAGGAUGAAAAAUAUCAGGCAUUGGGCGAAGUGACACCCAUUUACAACUCUGAAAACCCUGAUAACCAAUUUUACUUGUCACUCAUUCGUGAUUUUGGACCAGAUGCAAAGACGAUGAUUAUCGUAUCGAACGCAGUAGCAAGUGAUUUGGCUGUGGUAGGACAGCAUGAUGACGGCACAUGGAAGACAUGGAUCCUCGAAGAAAGCUGCAUUCCUUCGUUACCUCUGUCAGAGGAUGACUAUGCUGAUACCCUUCCUGUGGGCCUCACUGUGGAUUUCUCUGCAUCCAAAGAAUUACCUCCCUUUGAUGCAUCUGAGAGCGAUACGCCUGUACAACCUUUACCUAUUCUCUUGUUCCUUACAAACGAAGGACGUAUUUGUGCUUACAACAUCUACAACACCAACCUUGCCAAAUCUGGUCAGAAAUAUAGUGGCAUGAUUACCGCUCAUGAUAUUUUCUCUAUUCAGCCACCUUCUGAUAAGCCUGUUGCUUCUAUACAACAACAGCAACAACAAGAGCCAGCAGCUACUCCUUUUGGCGCACCAGCUACUCCUUUCGGCGCAUCAGUCACUUCUUUCGGCGCAUCAGCUACUACAACAUCUGGCUUUAGUUUUGGCGCUCCAUCCAAUGCAAAGAUUCCUUCCUUUACCACAAUGAAGACAAGUGCACCCAAUAUUAAGCCAAACCCAUCCGCCUUUGGUGCUGCUGCUUCCCCUGCCCCUGCCUUUGGAACAAGCGGAUUUGGUGGAGGCACAGGUGGCAUGGCACAAAAGCUUUCGUUUGCUGCCCUAGCAAAGACAUCUACCACACAAUCCAAGCUUACCUCACCUGGCAUUAGUAGCUCAUCUACAUUUGGCAGUAGCUCAGGCACAGAUAGCGCUCCUGUUUUUGGAAACGUGUCAGCUCUGGGCAAUAAAGCCACUGCACCUACACCUGCCUUUACUACAACCACAUCGUAUGGAACUACUCCACAGUCUGCCUUUGCUAGUCCUCCAGUAGCUACAAAUCAACAGACUCCCGCGCCCGCCUUUCCCUCAGCUUUUGGCAUGCCCAAAGCAUCUGCUCAGCAAGUGCCAUCCGCAUUUACAAGUACAAUAGGAAGUAAGUAUGCAACUUCUGAAGUAAAGAAAGAAGAACCACACCAAAUGCCUAAAGAAGAGACACCAGUAGUACCUAAGCAGAAGGUUCCAGAAGUGCCUAAACAAGAGAUUCCAGUAGCACCUAAACAGGAGGUUCCAGAAGCGUCUAAACAAAAGGCGCCAGAAGUACCUAUGCAAAAGGUUCCAGAAGUUUUUAGAGAAGAAAAGCCACAGGCGCCUAAACAAGAGGAAUCUCAGGUGCAUAAAGAAGAAAGGCCACAGUCAUAUGAAGAAGACCUUGCCCAAGGGUUCAAAGACACUACUCUUGACAGAAAGCCUACAGAACCUGAACACAAGACGGUAGAGCUUCCAGUCGAAGAGAAAAAAGGGGAUUUAUUUGUCUCUUCAGAAAUCAAGCUACCAGUUCCUCAGCCUGAGCAGAAAGAAAAAACUGAGCCUGUGAUGAAAGAAAUAAGAAGAGAACCUGAGUUACCAAAACAAAGAGAAGAAUCUAUUGAAGCGGAAGUGAAUGAACACGACAGACCAGUGGAAUAUAAGCCCGUAAUUAUUAAACGUCCUACAUCUGUACCCACAUCCAAAGUACGCUUUGCAGUUCGCUCAAAGGAGAUGCAUCAAGGGCUGGAUGAACCUCACAAGACGACUGCUACGCACGUAAGUCAUUCUUUCUGUUUGUGAAGCAAGGUUAACGUUUCUUUAUGCAGCCUAUGGCAAGGGAAUUUGAAAGUAUUUAUUUGGAAACAAACAGCGCAGUUCAGAUUUCCUCAAGAAUCAUUUCUGAUAUUGAUGAAGAAAUCAAUUUCCAUAAAGUUGAAGAUAUGCCAAAGAAAGCAGAUGAAUGUAU